AACCGAGUGCAUCGCCGCGUCAUUGUCCGUGACUACGGGAAGGCCAUCUAUAAAGCAAGCUCCCGGACCAGUCUUCUUGCCGCGUUGGAAGGCUGCAUCGAAGGAUACGAGUCGUUGCACACACGAGCCGGUAUGCUACUACGCGAUAUCUCACCAAGCAACCUCAUGGUGAACGAAGAGGAUGACAACCCUUCCUGGCGCUCGUUCUUGAUCGACCUCGACCUUGCAAUCAAGGAGCAGCGGGAGACAUCUUCUGGAGCACGGGGAAAGACCGGCACACGGGCGUUCAUGGCAAUCGGGGUGCUUCUCGACGACGAAAAGCAUUCGUUCAUGCACGAUCUGGAGUCGUUCUUCUGGGUGCUAUUCUGGAUAUGCAUUCACUAUGACGGGCCAGGUAAAGAUAUUGGGGCAACUGAGUUUGAGAAGUGGAAUUAUGUGAGUAUGGAAGAACUGGCUGAAUUAAAAUCGGGGCUGGUCAGUAGAGAAAGGCAUUUCCUUAACCGGAUAACUAAGGCCUUCACACCCUACUACCAGCCGUUGAUUCCAUGUGUUAAUAGGUUGCGGAGGGCUGUCUUCCCAAUGGACAAACCGUGGGAGAACAAGGAAGACAGGACGCUCUAUUCUCGGAUAAAGGAGAUUCUUCGGGACGCGCGGAAGGAUCUAGAAUACCCAGAAUUGUCGUAG